AGCAUGAGACCACGCCUCCCAAUGACCCUGAUUGGCUGCCAAUUACCAGCCGCUGUUUCUGAUUGGCUGCUGCGCUCCCAUUGAAUCCCCUCCUCUACCUUUGUCAAUUUCUUGCGCUCCCGUUGAAACGCCUGGUUGUUGUUUCCCCGGGCUAGGAGGAAGAAGUUCUUACCCCUCGCUACUACCGGAGGUUUGGGAACACCGGGAGGAGGAUAAAGAGCCGACCCUACCGAGGAAGCUUACUUUUCUGUCCUGUGAGCAGAGGAGGACCUGCUGUGACUCUGAAUGGACAGAGAGUAGAGAUAUAACCUACCCAUCACCUUGUAGCUCAGCGCGGCAACGCUGCAACUCCUCGAGCCAGCGUGCAACACCGCUGCACUGGAUGGUGUCGGGAGAAAACAAGGGAAUGACAUAAACAUACCCAGACAUGGUUUACUGUCCGCGGGAGACAUUAUUACUGCUGUGAACUUUUCUGUCCCUAAAAAACCCACACACACGAGAAGGGGGAUUACAAAAAGUGCUUCUUCUUAUCAUUAACAGAAGGGGGAUUAAUCAUGCCGGACCAGAUCACCGUUUCAGAGUUUGUGGCGGAGACGAAUGAAGAUUAUAAAUCGCCGACUGCCUCUAACUUCACCACCAGGAUGUCCCACUGCAGGAACACAGUGGCUGCCCUGGAGGAGGCUCUGGAUGUGGACCGCAGUGUUCUGUAUAAGAUGAAGAAGUCUGUGAAAGCCAUCUACACGUCUGGUCUGGCACACGUAGAGAACGAGGAGCAGUACACUCAGGCCCUGGAGAAGUUUGGAGAGAACUGCGUGUACAGAGACGAUCCUGAUCUGGGAUCAGCUUUCCUCAAGUUCUCCGUCUUCACCAAGGAGCUCACUGCGCUCUUCAAAAACCUGUUCCAAAACAUGAACAACAUCAUCACCUUUCCUCUGGACAGCCUGCUGAAAGGAGACCUGAAGGGAGUCAAAGGGGAUCUGAAGAAGCCUUUUGACAAAGCUUGGAAGGACUACGAGACAAAAGUCUGCAAAGGACAUUCUUUACUGAAAAGCACCAAGAUAGAGAAGGAGAAGAAGGAGCAUGCGAGGCAGCACGGGAUGAUCAGGACUGAAAUCAGUGGGGCGGAAAUCGCUGAGGAGAUGGAGAAGGAGAGGAGAUUCUUCCAGCUGCAGAUGUGUGAGUAUCUCCUCAAAGUCAAUGAGAUCAAAAUCAAGAAGGGGGUGGACCUGCUGCAGAACCUCAUCAAGUACUUCCACGCGCAGUGCAAUUUCUUUCAGGAUGGUCUGAAAGCUGUGGACAACCUAAAACCUUCCAUAGAGAAACUGGCCACAGAUCUGCACACGAUAAAGCAGGUACAGGAUGAGGAGAGGAAACAGCUGACACAGUUACGAGACGUCCUCAAGACGUCGCUCCAGGUGGAGCAGAAAGAGGAUUCACAGGUGCGGCAGAGCACCACCUACAGCCUGCACCAGCCGCAGGGGAACAAGGAGCACGGCACCGAGCGCAGCGGCUACCUGUACAAGAAGAGCGAUGGGUUGAGGAAAGUGUGGCAGAAGAGAAAGUGCACAGCGAAGAACGGAUACCUCACCAUCUCACACGGCACAGCUAACCGGCCGCCAGCUAAACUCAACCUGCUCACCUGUCAGGUGAAACACAAUCCUGAAGAGAAGAGAAGCUUUGACCUCAUAUCCCACGACAGAACGUAUCACUUUCAGGCCGAGGAUGACCAGGACUGUCAGAUCUGGAUCUCGGUGCUGCAGAACAGUAAGGAGGAGGCGCUCAACCAGGCCUUCAAAGGGGACCAGCAUGUUGGUGAGAACAACAUCGUGCAGGAGCUGACCAAGGCCAUCUUAGGAGAGGUCAAGAGGAUGACGGGAAAUGACGUGUGCUGUGACUGCGGAGCGCCCAAUCCGACAUGGCUGUCCACCAACCUGGGCAUCCUCACCUGUAUUGAAUGUUCAGGGAUCCACAGGGAGCUCGGAGUCCACUACUCCAGGAUCCAGUCGCUCACUCUGGACGUCCUCAGCACCUCAGAGCUCUUGCUGGCCAAGAAUGUGGGGAAUGCAGGCUUUAAUGAAAUCAUGGAGGCUUGUUUAAGUGCUGAAAAUGUGGUGAAACCCAACCCAUCCAGUGACAUGCAGGCUAGGAAAGACUUCAUCACGGCCAAAUACACAGAGAAACGUUUCGCCAGGAAGAAGUGUCCUGAUGCCACGUCGCGGCUCCACACGCUGUGUGACGCCGUGAAGGCCCGGGACAUCUUCUCCCUCAUCCAGGUCUACGCCGAGGGAGUCGACCUCAUGGAGCCCAUACCUCUCGCCAACGGACACGAACAAGGAGAGACAGCCCUUCAUCUGGCAGUCAGACUGGUGGAUAGAACGUCUCUUCACAUCGUCGACUUCCUCACUCAGAACAGUUUGAAUCUGGAUAAGCAGACAGCCAAAGGCAGCACGGCGCUGCACUACUGCUGCCUGACGGACAACAGCGAGUGUCUGAAGCUGCUGCUGCGGGGGAAGGCCUCCAUAGAGAUCGCUAAUGAGGCCGGGGAGACACCGCUGGAUAUCGCCCGGAGGCUCAAACACCUCCAGUGUGAAGAGAUGUUGAACCAAGCGCUGGCGGGGAAAUUCAACGCCCACGUCCAUGUUGAAUAUGAAUGGUGCCUGCAGCAUGAAGACUUGGAUGAAAGUGACGAAGAUCUUGAUGAGAAGCCCAGCCCUCAUCGAAGAGACGAGCGUCCGGUCAGCUGUUACACCCCGAGCAGUAACUCCCACCUCCAGACCGGUCUGGGCUCAGUGGGCCUCGCCAAGGACAAGCAGCGUGCUUACAUGCCCAACCUGGUCAACAACGAGACCUACGGCACCAUCCUCAACACCAGCCCACCUCAGCCUGCCACCACCUCUGCUCCGCCCCUGCCCCCAAGAAACCUGGUCCAGUUAUCCGGCCUGGGAGGGAUCAGUCAGUCGUCAGCGUCCAGCAGCUGGAAGCCUGGUUCUUUAGACCUGAUGGGCCGACAGAGGUCGUCCUCAGACCCUCCCAACAUGCACCCUCCUGUGCCCCCCAUGAGACUUACAUCAACAGGAGGUCUGGGUCCUCCUUUGGCAAAGAUGGAGGCCAUGAGUAUACAGUCCAAGUCGAGCCAGGGACCUCUGGGCUCUAGAGCGGUGCCACCUAAAUCUCCUGCAGGCAACGAUAAAAGCUUCAACAGACCUCUAAAUCGAACAUUAUCUAUAGAAAGGCCAGCUAAGGAAGUGCCAGGAUGCCCCCAGAACUCCAUAGGUCAGUCUCUGCCUCCAGCCCCCACGCCGAGGAAGGCCUACCCAAAGCAGAGGCCGAAGCGAGUGAAAGCCAUUUACAACUGUGUAGCGGACAACCCAGACGAGCUGACCUUCUCUGAGGGCGAGGUGAUCGUGGUGGAUGGAGAGGAGGACCAGGAGUGGUGGCUGGGCCACAUUGAAGGAGAUCCGAUGAGAAGAGGAGCCUUCCCUGUGACAUUUGUCCACUUCAUCGCUGACUGAAAGGUUCCUCUCAGGAAGUGUCGUGAGACGAUGCGUCCCUCCACCACCUCCACGUCUCUGUCCUGCCAGCCAGCAAAACAUCCGUCAUCGUCCCCGUGUUUGUUGUGAAACAUCAUCAUCUUCUUCUUCAUCAUCAGCGAGCUUCUGAAGGUGUCACUGCUGUAUCGUCACCUCAACCCUAGCAGAAAGUCUGGCCCUCGCAAGGCCUCAUGGGACUGUCUGUUUUUAAUGCUUGCUGUUAAUGUUUCUGACAAAGACUCUAAAAAAAACAAAACAAUGAUUGUAGUGAAUGACCUCUCGCAAUAAAUGCACUUUGCUUGUCUUUAUCUUUGUUACAACAGAAGACGACAUAAUGAAGGUUAUUAUGUACAGUAUUCACUCUCUGAUAGAAGACUGCAGCAAUGUAUUUUAACUUACUAAUAACUGUAAAUGUGAACAUGCUUACAUUCCACCUCUGUGCAUGAGUGAUUUUUAAUGCCUACCUGCUUCUAGGUGCAAACUUCCAGCUCUGUAGCAGCCCUCCUGUGUGGAGGUUUUUCUAAUGGUGCUAAAUAACCCCGGAAUAUGCUAGAGGAUGCCCCCGAGGGAGUGCUUCCCUGUCCUCGUUUCAAAGACGGACUGGCGUUGAAAGGGGGCAAAACUAAAGUAAAAAUAGCCUCAUGACACCUGGGAGGAGCCACUUUAUCACAGGUGUGAUGGAGCAGCUUUCCCACACACACUGCUUCAUCGUAGGGGAUAUAUUCACUCCAGUUCUUCCUCCUGUACAGUUUCAGGUGGAAUGGUGACACUGACUGGAGCUGCAGCAGCCACUAAUUACCUUUAUAUACUGAGUGUGACACCUCGGGCUGUCUCUGCCUGUCACCUGCCUUAUUAGAGGAGCAGCAAGUGUGUGUGUGUGUGUCAUCUGCAAAGGAAUAAGCUCAAGAAUAUUGAAGUUAGAGGGAAUAAAAAAGCGUGGGAAUGUGAUGAAAAGUUUGCGAUCUGACUUUUCUUGCUCCCUCUUGCUUUUAAGAGCACUCAGACUUUUUUCUUGUUCACAAAUUAGCGUUAGAGUUUCUGUCUUUGACGUUAUACAGAGAAAGAAAUAUCCUUCCUACAGCUUUAGCCUCUCUUAUCUGUACAUCUCUGGGGUCCCAUAAUGUAGAAAGAUGAGUUUAUCAGUAGUGUUAUAAAAUACAUAUAAAACAAUGUUCAAUGUAAUUAACUUCGUUUUGGUUGCAGAGCAACUUUCUCUCUGUUCAUAAUGUUGAUAUUUAGGCGUUUAACCUGAAACCAGAGCCUUCUGUGGAUUUGUGAAUGACGAGAAGAGAAGCAUGUGAAUCGUAGCGGAUACACUCUGUUCAUCAUGUUUAAUAUGAACUCACUGGAAACAGGAAGAUUUAAUCUAUUCAUGUAAAUAGAUUUGAUUUUGUUGAUAUUUAUAUGUAAAGAAAAAAAGAGUUAACCUGAAAUGUCUUUUAAUGCGCUGUGGUGAUGAGCAGUGACAGAUACAACCUCAGCUGGACCUGUGUGUGUGUGUGUGUGUGUGUGUGCGUGCGUGCGUGCGUGUGUGUGUGUUGAAAACAAACACACAUAAACUGGUAAAAUAAACUUAAUUCAUUAUUAUUAACUGUCUGUGGAUCACUGCAUCGACUCUUAACUCUAUUGUGCAAGUAAACGGGAAAAUGAAACUGGAAUAAUAAACGAUGAAAUAAUACAAGGUUUUGGUUUGUUUCUUGGAGUAUUCUGGGGUUAAUGAUCCAUUUGUUUACAUAAUAAUGCCUAGUU